AUGUGUGAUGUAGUGGAGAAUGGAUUAUCUGAGAGCUUCAACAGUGUAAUCAAGGAUGCAAGGAAAAAGCCAAUCAUCACCAUGUUAGAGGAGAUUAGAUUGUAUGUUAUGGAGAGGAUAUACAUUUUAAAGAUCAAAGAUAAUACGCAUCAAUAUUAUAAGGUGACUGGGCGUAAUCUUCUUCAACAGAAACAAUCGUGUCCUGUGAACUUUGAGAAUGAAAACUACACGAUCAUCACAAGCCAAUGCAAAGGACCAGUAUACCAACGUGAGCCAUGUUGUAACUCCUUUUUGCAAAUUGCAUGCCCUCAUUGGGAACAAAUUAACGAUGAAAAGACAAAUUGUGCAUCAACUUUAUUUAGUUACAUAAAUGUAUACGGGAAAUACCCCCCUGGGCUUUUUGCUAGCAUGUGUAAAGGAGACAAGAAAGGUCUUAGUUGUGAGAAAAUCGAUACAUCUACUUCAAAGAAGGGAGACAAGAGUCAGGCUGCAACCAUGUGUAUUAAGUCACCAUGGGUGAUGAUCAUGGGUGGAGUCAUGGUGUUUGUGCUAGAAUUUUUUGGAUGA